AUGAUAAAAAUUCAAUUACCAUUAACUCCAUCAAAAAAAACAAGAUCAUAUAGUGUUAUUAAAAGAGCUGCUCAUAGUUCAAUUCUUCCUUCAACAUUUCCGAUUACUUUGAAUUUUGAGGAUUUCACACCUAGCACUAUGCGGGGUAAACAUAUUUUAGUUUUGGGAGCAACCGGGCGUUUAGGUACUCAAGUAGUUAAUCAAGCAUUGGAUGCUUCAUAUCAUGUAACAGCACUAGUACGUUCCGACUCGAAUUUACCUUUCACACGUUAUCAACUUCGUAAUCCAAAUCUCGUAAUUAGAGUAGGAUCAGUAUUAUCACGUAGUGAUUUAGAAAAAGUAAUGGAAGGUCAAGAUGCUGUAAUAAAUUGUAUUGGACCUCGUCUAUUCAAUAAUAAUGAUAUUGAUAUAUGUAGUCGAUCACAACAAUAUAUAAUAGAUUCAAUGAUACAUCAUGGAGUGCGAAGAUUGAUCGUGGUUAGUUUACAAGGGGUUGGUGACUCCUCUAAUACACGUUUAAGUUCUAUGCAAAAGUUUUUUGGAAGAUUAUUUACUGGUAAAAUAUUAGAUGAUAAAGAAAUGCAAGAAAAUCUUGUAAAGAAAUAUUCUGAUCAAAUCGAUUGGACUAUUGUAAGACCUGGAAGAUUAUUUAAUGGAAAUUUAACCAACCAGUGGAAAUUAAAUGAUAAUUUAUCUUAUACAAAAAUUAGUAGGGCCAACGUUGCUUGUUUUAUUAUGAAAGAAUUAAGAACCUCCGCCUGGUUAAAACAAACUCUCACAAUUAAUACUUAA